AUGUAUGAGAGCAGCCCCUCCACCUCCUGGGUCCUGGAGCUCGCUUCUCUGUUUGUCUGUGAUGCCUUCUCCCCUCCUCCAGGUAUCCCAGGCAGUGACUACAUCAAUGCCAACUACAUAGAUGGUUACCGUCGCCAAAACGCCUACAUCGCGACGCAGGGCUCUCCCGAGACCUUCUGUGACUUCUGGAGACUGGUUUGGGAACAGCACACGGCCAACAUCGUCAUGAUGACCAAGCUAGAGGAGAAGUCUCGGGUAAAAUGUGAUCAGUACUGGCCUACCAGAGGAACAGAGACAUAUGGGCUGAUACAGGUUACUCUGCUGGACACUGUAGAGCUGGCUACAUACUCUGUUAGGACCUUUGCUCUCUACAAGAGUGGCUCCAAUGAGAAGCGUGAGAUUCGUCAGUUCCAGUUUACAGCCUGGCCGGACCACGGGGUCCCCGAACACCCCACCCCCUUCCUGGCCUUCCUACGACGGGUCAAGGCCUGCAACCCUCCAGACGCAGGACCCAUGGUCGUACACUGCAGUGCUGGAGUGGGCCGGACUGGUUGUUUCAUCGUGAUUGACGCCAUGGUGGAGCGAAUCAAACACGAGAAGACAGUUGACAUCUACGGUCACGUGACCCUCAUGAGGUCCCAGCGGAACUACAUGGUGCAGACGGAGGAUCAGUACGCCUUUAUCCACGACGCGCUGCUGGAAGCUGUCGCCUGCGGCAACACCGAGGUUCCGGCGCGGAACCUUCACGCCUACAUCCAGAGACUGACCCAGAUAGAACCGGUGGAGAACGUCACGGGCACGGAACUGGAGUUCAAGCGGUUGGCCAGUGCGAAGGCCCACACCUCCAGGUUUGUGAGUGCCAACCUGCCGUGUAACAAGUUCAAGAACCGUCUGGUGAACAUCAUGCCCUAUGAGUCCACCAGGGUCUGUCUGCAGCCAAUCAGAGGAGUGGAGGGGUCAGACUACAUCAACGCCAGCUUCAUAGACGGAUACAGGCAGCAGAGGGCUUAUAUAGCCACCCAGGGCCCGCUGGCUGAGACUACUGAGGACUACUGGAGAAUGUUGUGGGAACACAACUCUACCAUAGUGGUCAUGUUGACUAAACUGAGGGAGAUGGGACGGGAGAAGUGCCAUCAGUACUGGCCAGCAGAGCGUUCUGCCAGGUACCAGUACUUUGUAGUGGACCCCAUGGCUGAGUACAACAUGCCCCAGUACAUCCUCCGAGAGUUCAAAGUCACUGAUGCCAGGGACGGCCAGUCUCGGACGGUUCGUCAGUUCCAGUUCACUGAUUGGCCGGAGCAAGGAGUGCCAAAGUCAGGGGAGGGGUUCAUUGAUUUCAUUGGCCAGGUGCACAAAACUAAAGAGCAGUUUGGCCAAGACGGACCAAUCACGGUGCACUGUAGUGCUGGUGUGGGGAGGACAGGGGUCUUCAUCACUCUGAGUAUCGUUCUGGAGAGGAUGAGAUAUGAAGGAGUAGUGGACAUCUUCCAGACUGUCAAGAUGCUGCGAACACAGAGACCUGCCACGGUUCAAACUGAGGACCAGUACCAGUUCUGUUACCGGGCCGGUCUGGAGUAUCUGGGUAGCUUCGACCACUAUGCAACAUAAUCCCUCCCUCUGGUCUGCAUCCCAAACAACACCCUAACUCCCUGUGUAGUGCACUACUUUAGACCACAGUGUAUUCUCACUUCUUUGGACCAGUGUGUACACUCAAAAGUAGUGCACUACUGAUUAGUGCGCUACACAGGGAAUAGGGGCCAUUUGAGAUUAGGCCUCUACCACCUCCAGAGGGCAGGGCACCCAUGGCGCCACUCCUCCCCCAAAACAAGCACCUAAACUGAGCCAUAUUUGCGUGUCUGACCGGGGGAUUCCUCCAGACCCCAACCCAAACCCACUCACUACUCAGUCAGAAGUGCACUACUUUGUGCAUUAUAUAGGGAAUAAGGCACCAUUUUGGACGCGAACUGGCACUACUUAACAAUGGAUUGAGGAUUCAAUUGGUUGAUAUUGGAACAGGUCUUUACAUGGUAAAGGUAGACAGUUAGGGGAACAAGUCUUUACAUGGUAAAGGUAGACAGUUAGGUGAACUCACUUCAUUCACAGGGGAACAAGUCUUUACAUGGUAAAGGUAGACAGUCAGGGGAACAAGUCUUUACAUGGUAAAGGUAGACAGUCAGGGGAACAAGCAUCACCCACCUGGAUAUGUACUGGACUACAGUAAGAUGACAAACACAGCAUCAAAUCAACUUUGGACAUUUUCUGUUAUUUUUAUAAAGAAAGUCCACUUUCUGUUUUCCGCCAGGGAUUGAUUGGACAUUGUGGGGACGACGCAGAGAGACUUUUGAGGAGUGGAACUGAAUGGAACAAACAGUAUUAACGAAACAAGACACCUUGGAAUCAUAGAUCAUGAAACAACACCAGGAGGACCUUUCUUUGGGCCCAGAGUGUUGUUUCAGGUGAAUGAAGAAGGAGAGGAGGAGGAAGAUGAGGAGGAGGAAGAUAUUUCUACAGUAUUAAGUAAUAAUGAGCUCAAUUCAAUCAAAUUCGCCUUCCGGUAUUUACGCAGUAGUUGUUUAUUUUACCCUUAGUCAAAUGAUCAAAUGACAUGACAGAAUAGUUAUAGGGGUGAUGUAAACACCUACCACUGACAGGUAGACUCCACGGCCAGGUAGACUCCACGGCCAGGUAGACUCCACGGCCAGGUAGACUCCACGGCCAGGUAGACUCCACGGACAGGUAGACUCCACGGACAGGUAGACUCCAUGGCCAGGUAGACACUACGGCCAGGUAGACACCACGGCCAGGUAGACACCACGGCCAGGUAGACACCACGGCCAGGUAGACACCACAGCCAGGUAGACUCCACAGCCAGGUAGACACCACAGCCAGGUAGACACCACAGCCAGGUAGACACCACAGCCAGGUAGACUCCACAGCCAGGUAGACACCACAGCCAGGUAGACUCCACAGACAGGUAGACACCACAGCCAGGUAGACUCCACAGCCAGGUAGACUCCACGGACAGGUAGACACCACGGACAGGUAGACACCACAGCCAGGUAGACUCCACAGCCAGGUAGACUCCACAGCCAGGUAGACACCACAUCCAGGUAGACUCCACAGCCAGGUAGACACCACAGCCAGGUAGACUCCACAGCCAGGUAGACUCCACGGACAGGUAGACUCCACGGACAGGUAGACUCCACGGCCAGGUAGACUCCACGGCCAGGUAGACUCCACGGCCAGGUAGACUCCACAGCCAGGUAGACACCACGGCCAGGUAGACACCACGGCCAGGUAGACUCCACGGCCGGCCAGGUAGACUCCACGGCCAGGUAGACACCACGGCCAGGUAGACUCCACGGCCAGGUAGACUCCACGGCCAGGUAGACUCCACGGCCAGGUAGACUCCACAGCCAGGUAGACACCACAGCCAGGUAGACUCAAAUGGUUUAGACUCCACAGCCAGGUAGACUCAAAUGGUUUAGACUCCACAGCCAGGUAGACUCCACAGCCAGGUAGACUCCACAGCCAGGUAGACUCCACAGCCAGGUAGAUGCUUCCAGCUCACAGACGUUUGGGUACGUGAAGACACUGUGUAAACAUUUCUAAAUGCAAGUUUGCUUGAAUACCAGCCCAUGUGUCACUAUUGAAGAGGAAUUGGGAGAGGGGUUAAACAUCCCCACAGAGUUUAAUAAACAACAUCCAUCUGGUUUUGUAGUACUAUAUAGAUCUGUAACUAUCUUUUUUUAGUUUUCACUACAGACUUGUGACUUUGUCUCGUCCUACGGAUGGUUACAACAAAUUUAUUUUGUAUUGUAGUUUUUGUUUUGUUGUUUUUGUUAAAGCUGUGUUACUGUUUUAAUGUGUACAAUCAACUCAAGUCAAAUGGUUUACAGUUGACUUUACACCCCCCGUUAUCCACGUGUCACUCACUCCUCUGUCAUGUUUGUGUUCCUGCAGUCUCUCUCUCUAUUUAACUCUAUCAAUCCUUACUGGGUUGCUGGACUCUCGUCUUCUCAUUAUCUCAUAAUCAUAAGUGGGGCUAGGAGUAUUUCAUUUCCUGACCAUGUGACCUGACCAGGAGAAACUCUAAACUCCUAGCCCUAAUCCUCAGUACCAAGGCCAAUACAU